GGACCUGAUAAGGGUAACUUAAUUUCAUCUUUUUUACAAAAGAAAGCUUUAAAUUUUAUAAAUUCAUCGCUUUACAAAUCAGAACAAGAUCUGGAUUCAUUAAUUCAAAUCAAUAAAACAUUGCAAAAAAAAAUAAAUAAACUGGAAAAUUUGAAUUCUAAAAAAAGUCACAAAAUUAGACAAUUAGUAGGGACAUUAUCGCAAUAUAAACGUAAACAUAAUCAGCAUAUUUCAAGUGUAUGUGCUGCUGCUCAUAAGCCUCCAAUUAUAGAUUCACGAAGCUUAAAAUCAAGUAUUCAAUCAUUAAUUAUGAAAAACAAAUACGAAUAUAAGACCCAAUUUAUUAAUAUGACUACACAAGUAUCACAAAUCGGUCAAAUGUCAUUUUGA